AUGACAGUGAUGGAGAACAGGACAGAGGUGACUGAGUUCCUCCUGCUUGGACUGACUGAUGACCCGCAUCUGCAAGUUCUCCUCUUUAUCACCUUCCUCCUCAUCUACACCGUCACUGUGGCUGGGAACCUGGGGAUGAUCCUGCUCAUCCUCCUGGACUCCCGUCUGCACAGCCCCAUGUACUUUUUCCUUGGCAACCUGUCCCUGGUGGACUUUGGAUACUCUUCUGCUGUCACCCCCACAGUCAUGGCUGGGCUGCUUACAGGAAACCAGAUCAUUUCCUACAAUGACUGUGCUGCUCAGGCUUUCUUCUUUGGAGCCUUUGCCACAGUAGAAAAUUACCUCCUGGCCACCAUGGCCUAUGACCGCUAUGCAGCAGUGUGUCAGCCCUUGCAUUACACCACCACCAUGACCACAAGUGUGUGUGCCUGCCUGGUCACAGGAUGCACUUUUGGAGGUAUCCUAAUUGCCUCUGUCAUCACAAGAGACACAUUCAGUCUCUCCUUCUGUGUGUCUAACAUGGUCCAUCAUUUUUUCUGUGAAGUUCCAGCAGUCAUGGCUCUGACUUGCUCUGAUGGGCAUGUUAAUGAACUGGUUCUGAUCUUUAUGGCCAGUUUCGAUAUCUUCUUUGCCCUACUAGUUAUCUUGGUGUCCUACUUAUUCAUAUUUAUCACAAUAUUAAAAAUGCACUCAGCUGCAAGCUACCAGAAGGCUCUGUCCACCUGUGCCUCCCAUCUCACCACAGUCUCCAUCUUCUAUGGCACUGCCAUCUUCGUGUACCUGCAGCCCAGCUCCAGUCACUCCAUGGAUACAGCCAAAAUCACCUCUGUGUUCUACACCAUGGUCAUCCCCAUGCUGAACCCCAUGGUCUACAGCCUGAGGAACAAGGAGGUCAAGAGUGCAUUCUUGAAGGUCAAGAGUAGAUUCAUCUGUUGGAAAAUAACUUCUCGGCCUUUGGUUUGGAGUCUGAGCAGUGCAUGA